AUGGAGGCCCGGCUGCUGAGCGCUGUCCUGGGCAUCUUCCUGGUGUUCCGGGCACAGGUGGAGGCGGCCAUGGUGGACCUAGACCGGCAGAAGUUUGUAGGGUUCUGGCGGGAAGUCGGUGUGGCCUCGGACCAAAACCUGGCACUGAAGGGCCCGAGGAGGGUGGAGGGCUUGUUCCUCACUGUGAGCGGGAGUAACCUGACCGUGAAGGCCGCGUAUAACAACUCAGGAAGCUGUGAGACAGAAAAAAUAGUGGGCUCAGAAAUAGACAUUUCAGGGAAAUUUGCUUUUCCAGGCCACAGGGAGAUCCACGUGCUGGACACGGACUACGAGGGCUACGCGAUCCUGAGGGUGUCCUUGCGCUGGCAGGGCAGGGACUUCCACGUGUUCAAGUACUUCACUAGGAGCCUGGAGGACGAUGACCCGCCGGGAUUCUGGAGGUUCCGAGAGUUGACAGCGGACACCGGCCUCUACCUGGCGGCCCGGCACGGGGGGUGCGCCAAGCUCCUGAAGCAGGAGCUGAUUUAG